AUGUCGCUGCUUCCUAGGGACCCGUCACUGCGAAGGAGGAACGCCAAUUUGAUAGAUGAGGAGGGCGUGGUGCCAGAUUCCUCCGUCGUUGUCGACGUUGCCAUCGCCUCUGACAUCGUGGCAGAGCCCCAGUGUAAUGCCCCGGCCCUAAAGCGAGAGAUGGUUGUGCACGAGGAGGGAGAGAUCAUGCCAACGGAACAGGACCCGACGAUGGAGCUCUCUAUGGUCUCUAUGGACCUCACCUUGCUCCACUGCCCCUUGUGCCUCUGCCCCUUGAAGCCUACAGUGUAUGAGUGCAAGGGACGGCACCUGUCCUGCGCGGACUACCGCAGUGAGCGCCCCGGGAACCAGCGGCAGUGCCAGAAGUGCAAACGCGAAAGCGACUUCGACGUGCGAAACAUGGCGAUGGACGCCGUCCUCUCCUCGGUGAGGGUGGAGUGCCCGCAUGAAGGUUGUGGGCUCUACGUCACUUACCACAAGCUCGCCGAUCACCAGAGUGUGUGUCCGCUCGCGCCCUCCAAAUGCCCCGUGCCCGUCUGCGGCUAUGAAGGCCCGCCACCGAUGCUCUCCCACCACAUCAGCACCGUGCAUGCCAUGCCCGUGCAUAGGAUCCAAGCAGGGGCGUCCCCACUGCCGCACUAUACGGCCAAGCUAUGGGCGAACGGCCCGCCGGGGGAGCCCAAAGGCAGGACCGACGCCGUCAAGGUGGAAAUCAAGGUGACAAGCAGCAAGGAUCCUGGCGACGUCGUCGUGCAGGAGCUGACCUUCUUCACAGUUCCGCCCAAACUGCUAGUCGGGGUUGGGUUGUCGAGGACGGUGUCCCUCCACAUUCAGAUUGGCAAGCUCACCUCAUAA